CACAUACGUUUUAAUAAUUUCUAUUUCUACAUAAAUUUGUGUAAAAAAUUUACAGUUUGGAUAUUGUGAAAUAAAAUUUUUUAAACAUGCUACCUGAUGAAAAUUCGACUCCAAAAAGGAUGAUUUAUGUUAAUCCAAAUUUUAAAGACAGAAUUUCAACCAAUCCAGCUGUGCCAGCAAAAGCAACACACGUUAAUCCAUUGUUUCUCUCCACAGUGAUUCAUAUGAAUCCUCAAUUUUUGCCCCAUAUUGCAGAACAUUGGCCAGUACAAGCAGAACAAAAUUCAAGAGAUAACACCAGCGCACAGUAUCACAAUAACAUAAGAAGUUCUGCAACAGCCACAGCCACAAUAACCGCAUCGUCCAACAUAACUCCUGACCAACAUUUCAGAGAAACAUUUCCAAAACCGCAGAAUGUUUGCAGAAAAAUUAUAAGGAAAUCACGUACAACGUUGGUUCGAGAACCGAUGGUAGAAAAGACAUCAUCAAGCGGGAGUGCACAUUUACCACCAUUAAUUAGUCUUAAUAGACGAACUCUUGUGCGCUGCACACCACAAAAAACUUACAAUAUAAAUAAUUACAACCCCAGUACAACAAUCUCUACAUUACCAAUACAUAGACUUAAUAAAGUAAUGCCCAAACAACUUAAUCACAAUCCGUUAGCUGUGCGUAAGAACUAUAAAUUAGAUAAUACAAUUGCAAAAUCGUUGAACAUAUGCACAUCAUCCCCAUUACCAAAGACCAGGCAUCGCUGCUUUGUAGCCAAAUAUGCUCACCGUCGUGCUAUACAAAUGAAAAUGAAAAAACCAUCAUUUCCCAGGAAUAGUGGGAUUUUAAAUGCUUCAAAUAGUCAAAAUAAAAAACUUCAAUUAAUAAAUAUAAAUGGUGUGCUCUAUAAAUCAACACAAAAUAAGCUACAACGUAAAGACUUAGUUUUCAAUCAUUUAGAAAAUAAAUCGAAGAGCAUUCCUCCAGAUGCAAAAGUGUCAAAGAAGAGUCCAACAAGUUCACGCUAUCUGAUAAUACGCGGAACGAAAUUUAAAAUGGAUGCAAAGGGACAUAAACUAACGCGGGUCAAUGCAAAUGAUAUGAUAGAUAAAAUACCAAACGACAAAUUUACCAAUAUUAAACCUCGACAACGGAUUGAUAUAGGUGGUCUAACUUACAUAGCUUCAGCAACUAGAAACACUUUUAUACGGACGAGUAAUCACAUAACAAUGGCACACGUAAAUAGUGCUAAGCAACGUAGUGUCCAACAAUUGACUAAACGAUUUGUUAAAAACAAUGUGCCAUGUGCCAUAUUCCAACGCAUAGGCAAAUGUGUUGCUCAUGAGCGCGGUAAAUGCAGUAAGAAACACGAUAAGCAGCAAAUCAUUAUCUGCCCUAAAUUUCUACGAGGUGAGUGUGAGAAUGAUAAAUGUCUCCUAUCGCAUAAUAUAUCCUACUCGAAAAUGCCUGUUUGUAAGUUCUACUUGCAAGGAACUUGUGUUCGAGAAAAAUGUCCUUAUCUACAUAAGAAACUGAAUUCCAAGACUGAGAUUUGUCAAGAUUUUCUACGCGGAUAUUGUCCACUUGCCGAAGAGUGUAAAAAACGCCAUAUAUUCACGUGUCCAGAAUUUGAACGCAACGGUGAAUGCAAAACUAAAGAGUGUGGUUAUUGUAAAUUUCGUACGAAUGGACAUAUGAAAAUAAAUCGAAGACCAGAAAGUACAAAACCUGCACCCAGUUCAAAUGGGAUUUUAAAAAAAAAGAAACCAGAUCAGAAACCGGAAUCAAUAACCGAACGUUACUUCUGCGGAGGUAUUAAAGCAAAUGAAAUAGAAAAUUGUGCUCCAACUUUAUUAGACGUAAGCAGUAAUGAUAAAAAUUUGGUGCAUGUUGAAAAUGCAGAUCAACAGGCCAAAAUUAUUGAUCUACCUAGUUUCAUUCCACUUUAGGAACUUUGAUGAGAGGUAAUAUUUGAUAUAUAUACUUGUACAUAAUAAUAAUUUUUUAGCAGUGUGUUGGAGAAAAUAUUAAAAAUGAAUGUGUUCCUAAAGGAUUGUAGAGAACACGUUGAAAAUUUUGUUAAUUUUAAGUGUUUGCAAUUUCGCUAAUGUUUAUCAAUAUAUUAGUG